UGGGCGAGUCUCCGCCGCUGCCUUUUUUCAGAGAAAAGGAGAGGAGAAUUAGCUCCGGGAGAAGGGCCGUCGCCAUUAUUGGGAAGCUGGAAAAAAAUCCACUUUCACAUACGCAAUCUCUUGUUAAAUUGAUAAGGACGUUACCAAUUUGUUGCAUUAGGCCUGUUUAGAAGAAACAUUGUAUGGCAAGUGCAACAAACUCGACCGGUGUCCGGUGCAUGAUCGAUCCAGCAUAAUGUUGGCACAACAAUGGACAUAAUAAUUGGUAAAAAGCAACGUGGUGAAGCAAGGAGAAGACGGCGAAACAAGUUUUUAUACGCCUUUCAUUUUUAACGAGGAGAGAAAAAGAAAAAAAAAACGUUUUUAGCUUUGUAGUUUUAUUAUCACCAAAAAAAAUGAACAGAUGAAUGGAAUUGAAAACCAUCGAAAUGCAGAUUUACAAUUAAUCUGUAAAGCGAACAAUAAUAACCUAUUUAUAGUUCUGUCUGUUUGGGAAUCAGAAGAGCCACAUUAUUUUUGUUUCUUAUGUCCAUGCAUUUCAGGCGGCCAGGGCUGCGGCAAGCGCUGGCCUGACGGAUGCAGGGAGAAUGCGAUGGAUCGCGGUGCAACUUCUCUCUGCGCGCACCCUUGCUGCAUCCAGGUUCCUGUAGUGAUGUCUCGGAGUCGUACAUGAUCUCCAGGUUUCAGUUCAGGGUCAUAGCAACAUUAGGAAUGACUGAGAGAAGCCUCUGUCUUUGCUACACCCCUGCACUGCUGUUGGUAAAUCAUGUAGCACACUAGAGGAAACGCCAACUAAAUUUCAUCCCCACUGUACAUCUGCCACUCUAUGGACACACAUCCAGGUGUACUCUCCGAUCGAGUGCCUGAUUAUGGCAGGAUGAGUGUCAGCAGAUGAUAAUGAUGGCGAAAAAGCAAGAUGCUAAGUCACCCACAUACAACCUUAUUGUGGUGGGUUUGUCAGGGACUGAGAAAGAGAAGGGCCAGUGUGGCGUGGGCAAGUCCUGUCUGUGCAACCGCUUUGUGCGCCCCAGCGCCGAUGACUUCUAUCUGGACCACACAUCAGUGCUGAGCACCAGUGACUUUGGGGGCAGAGUGGUUAACAAUGACCACUUCCUGUUCUGGGGGGAGGUGGGCCGGGUGGUGGAGGAGGGGCCGGAGUGCAGGAUGCAUGUGGUGGAGCAGACAGAGUUCAUUGAUGACCAGACGUUCCAGCCACACCGCAGUACUGCCAUGCAGCCCUACAUCAAGAGGGCGGCCUCCACCAAGCUGGCCUCUGCAGAGAAGCUGAUGUACUUCUGCACGGACCAGCUGGGGCUGGAGCAGGACUUUGAGCAGAAGCAGAUGCCUGAGGGCAAGAUACAGGCUGACGGAUUCAUGCUCUGUGUGGACGUCAGUAGGGGGAUGAACCGCAACUUUGACGACCAGUUGAAGUUUGUCACAAACCUUUACGGUCAGCUGAGCAAAACAAAGAAGCCCAUUGUGCUGGUCUUAACCAAGUGCGAUGAGGGAGUUGAACGCUACAUCAAAGAUUCUCACACCUUUGCCAUCACUAAAAAGAGUCUUCCAGUGGUGGAGACGUCUGCGCGCUCUAACAUCAAUGUUGACCUAGCCUUCCUUACUUUGGUGCAACUCAUUGAUAAGAGCAGGGGCAAGCCCAAGAUCAUUCCUUACUUUGAGGCCCUCAAGCUCCAGAGUCAGCAGAUAGCCUUGGCUAAAGACCGAUACGAAUGGCUAGUCAACCGCAUAGUGAAGAACCACAACGAGACCUGGCUUAACACCAGCCGACGCAUGCACACCUCUUCAGAGUUCAAUGAAUACGUCUUUCUGGAGGGUACAGCAAAAUGCAAGAAGCUCUUCCAGCAGCUUGUGUACCGUUUGAAACAGGAGCACAUUGAGAGACGUCGGAAAAUCUAUCUGAGCACUCUUCCUCUAGCACUUAGCUCCCUGGUGCCUGACCUGGGUGAGAUUGACCAGCUGAGCUGGUCUGGGGUUCAGAAGGUCCUGGAGUCCAAGCAGCACUUUGCCCACUGGUUUGUGGUUCUGGAGGACUCUCCAUGGGAGGACACGUCUCACAUAGACAACAUGGAGGAUGAGCGCAUCCCCUCAGACCUGCUGGAGACGGCCCCAGCCGAGGACAUUUUCGACACCCACCUGGAGCACCUGAGGAAUGAGUGCAAGCGGGCUGAGAUGAGGCAGGAGUUCAAGCACAAGCUGGCCUGUUCUCCCUUUGUCACGCCUGGAAAGCCCUGGGAAGAGUCCCGCAGCUUCAUCAUGAAUGAAGACUUCUACCAAUGGUUGGAGGAAUCAGAGUACCUGGACCUCUACAACCGCCACCAGAAAGAGAUCAUCGGCCACGCUAAAGAGGACUUCCAGGAGCUUCUGCUGGAGUACUCUGAGCUCUUCUAUGAGCUGGAGGUAGACGCGAAGCCCAGCAAGGAGAAGAUGGGGGCCAUCCAGGAGGUUUUAGGGGAGGAGCAGCGGUUCAAAGCCCUGCAGAAGCUUCCAGCUGAGAGAGAUGCUCUGGUGUUGAAGCAUAUCCACUUUGUCUACCACCCCACCAAGGAGACCUGCCCCAGCAGCCCACAGUGUGGCGACUUCAAGAUAGAGCAGCUCCUGGCUUCACGCUUCCCAACAUGCUACCCAUUCUUCGACGUGAAGUCCCAUUUUGGGGAAAUGAAAGCAGACCGAAUCAACCUUGUGAUAUUGGGCAAAGACGGACUGGCUAGGGAGUUUGCAAAUGAGAUCAGAGCUCUCUGUACCAAUGAUGACCGGUAUGUGUUGGAUGGGAAGAUGUAUGAGCUCACCCUGCGACCUAUCGAGGGCAACGUACGACUUCCUGUAAACUCCUUCCACACUCCCACCUUCACACCCCAUGGGUGCAUGUGUCUGUACAACUCAAAAGAGUCCUUAACCUACGUCGUAGAAAGCAUUGAGAGGUUGCGGGAGUCAACAAUCGGUAGAAGGGACAUCCAUAUAGCUCAGCUUUUAACGUCUCUGCUCUUGGUUACUAAAAGGGGUGUAGGGACGUAUGCAGAUAUUGGGGGAGAAACUGCUUUAGGUCUGAUAACACAGGGACAGCAGGUAGCAAGGAGACUGCAGUGUAGCUUCCUAGACCCAGCCUCCCCUGGUGUGGGCUAUGGGCACAAUGUGAAUGAGAGUCAGAUCAACCAAGUAUUGAGGGGUCUUCUGGACUCUAGAAGGAGCUCAUCUUUCAGUAGCAGCUCCCCGCCUCUGCCCCCUCAACCUCCAGGUCCCAGAGACUCUCCUCACCAGCCCAGCCCAGAGGCAGACAUCCGCAUCGUCAUGUGCUUGAUGUGUGGAGACAACUACGACGUGGAACAGCUCCUCUCUCCCUUCCUACUGCCUCAGCACUGCAGGCCAACAUCCAACAGUGGAACCUCAGUGAUACUGGAGCAGACAGUGGGACCUCACAAACAGGUGAUUGAGCUCUCCCUCCUUUCCUACCACGCCUCCUUCUCCCUGAGGAAGAGCAGAUUAGUGCACGGUUACAUCGCUGUGUACUCAGCCCGCCGCAAGGCCUCUCUGGAGACCCUGUGUGCCUUCCUGUGUGAGGUCCAGGACAUCAUUCCUGUUCAGGUGCUGGCCGUAGGGGAGAGCCAGGUGGAGCUCACAGAAAGUGAGUCUGCCAGAGAGCAGCUGGUCCAGGGAGAGGAGCUGGCCCAAGAGAUAGAGGGCAGGUUCAACAGUGUGGUGUGUGGGUCCGGAGGGGUGGUGGGCGGCCUGCACAGGAUAGAGAUGUUCCAGCCCUUCCUGAUGGAGGUGGUGGAGAAACGCAACAUCGUGGAGGCCACUCACAUGUAUGAUAACGUGGCUGAGGCCUGCAUUAACGAGACUGCCUACUCCCCUCGCUGUAGCUCCCCCAGCCCCGGCACCAUGUUCCUAGACUCUGACAUGGAUGACGUGGAGCCCUCCCCACCUUACUACGACGGCACACUCACCUCCCAUGGUGGGAGCUUCAAUCUGCCUGACCUGGACUCCAGCGAUGUCUCUGUCAUCUCUGACAUCAGCUCCUUUGAGAACAAGCUCAACAGCAAAGCCCCGCCCCAGGUGAGACCCAAGCCCACUGUGACAUUUGACUUCCGGAAGGUGGGCCGAAACCCCUACAACACAGACACCAUGGGCCACCGUCGCUCCCUGCCCUCCGCUGUGACAUGGGUGCCCGGUGGGGACGGAGGUUACGACCCCUCGGACUAUGCAGAGCCCAUGGAUGCUGUGUCCAAGCCCCGGGCCAGCAAUGAGGAGAUCAUAUACUCUGUGCCCCACGACAGCACGCAGGGCAAGAUUAUUACCAUCCGCAAUGCCAACCGGAUGCACUCCAACGGGAACGGCUCAGACAGUGAGGUGGACAGCAGCUCCCUGGAGCGCCACAAGAAGUUAUCGGCGGCGGGGGUAAAGCCACGGCUGUACCGCGACCGCUCCAAACGCCUGGGCAAGUUCAGCAGCUUCCGCACCAGCUUCAUUGGCAGUGACGACGAGAUGGGGGCCCUGCCAAAAACCAAGGAGGAUGAGUUCGGAACCCUGAAAGGAGACAUCAUCAACGAGGAGGGAGAGGACCCCAAGAAAAGGAACAUUCUGAAGAGCCUGCGGCGAACUGCCAAGAAAACCAGACCAAAGCCUCGGCCCUCUAUUCCUAAGCCCCUGGAGAGCAGCUACUUCGGAGUGCCCCUGGUCAACGUGGUGUCCCCAGACAGACCUAUCCCACUCUUCAUCGACAAGUGUGUCCGCUUCAUUGAGACCACAGGUCUCAACACAGAGGGGCUCUACAGGGUGAGCGGGAACAAGUGUGAGAUGGAGAGCAUGCAGAGGCAGUUUGACCAGGACCAUGGGCUGGACCUGGUGGAGAAGGACUUUGCCAUCAACACGGUGGCUGGGGCUCUGAAGGCCUUUUUCUCUGAGCUGCCAGAGCCCCUGGUGCCCUGCAUCCUGCAAGUGGAGCUGCUCGAGGCCUUCAAGAUCAACGACAGGGAACAGAGGCUGUACACCAUGAAGGAUGUGCUGAGGAAGUUCCCCAGGGAGAACUAUGACGUCUUCAGAUUUGUCAUGAGCCACUUACGCAAGGUGACCCAGCUGAGCAGACAGAACCUGAUGACCAGUGAGAAUCUGUCCAUCUGUUUCUGGCCUACUCUGAUGCGGCCAGACUUCACCACCAUGGACGCCCUGACGGCCACGCGGACCUACCAGACAAUCAUCGAGACCUUCAUCCACCAGUGUGCUUUCUUCUUCUACAACCAGCCCCUUCUGGACUCCCCCACUGGCCUGGCUGGCCUCCCUGCCUCCCCCACCACCACCCUUACCGGGGGCUCUGCCUACUCCUGCUACCGCUCCUCCCCUCCCCCCACUGCCACGCACUUCAACCCCCUGCAGCAGUCGCCCCGACCACCCCCCAGUCUCCCCUGCAGUCCCUCCUGACGCCCCUCCACCAACACCCCCACCAUGCCCACACCGAGCAAGAGACACUGUGAGAGACAAGGAGAAGGGAGCAGACGCUGCACCCCUGAUCUGAUGAUGCUGGACCUUAGUCACGUACACCAACACAUACACACAUUGUUCGGUCAUCGAUAAUAACAUAGGUAAACAGAGAGAGGAGACAAGGAGCAUUUGACAAAUAAACUUGCCACUUGUGAACAGCGUCCCGCUGCCCCGCCCCUGCCACCUGUGUGCCAAUGCAGAUCACCAUGCUGACUCGUCCACUCCACCCCCUAUAGCCCCCGAUAACCUGGAACCUGACUCUAGGACUCACUCACAGGAGGGCCGGGGGCAGAACAGAGUGGGUGUCAUUGUUACAGUAAGCAUCUCUUUGCCAACCAACUGUUCUUACCCUAACAAUACACUACAAUUAAAAAAGUCCAAGCCUCUAUGUUAAGCUGGAAGAUAUGAUUUGUGCCCAUCACCAUAUUUUUAUUUGUGUAUAAUAGUUUCUUUCUGUUUGUUAAUAAAAGUAGCCACUGGAUGUAUGGACUGUGCCUCUCUCAGGGCUGUAGUCAGUAAUGUACCACACAGCCGUGAGGGGAGCCUCCCGGUCUGCCUGUAGGGCCCCUGCUAGGGGGUUGGGGUGGGUUCAGUGGGGAGGAGAGGACAGUUCGGGAGAGGGGGGGACAUCCAGGGAUGUACUUUAAUGGUCAGAAUGUUGUUGGGGUUUUGUUUUUAAAAGGUGGUUGUUGGGCCAGAAUGUUUUAGUGUGUUGAGUUCACAGCUCAAGGAACCAUACCCAUUGCCUCUCUGAAGGUCCUUCGUAUAUCAAAACGUUGUUUACAUCCAAACCCUUGUUUUUGUAUCCACAUACUUAUCUGAAGCACUUUUGAAUUAGUGUUAAGUUCCAUGAAAUGCAAACUUGAUCAAUUGACUAGUUUGUUUUAAUGUCCGGGUGGGCGUGGUAGUAGUUAAGGGACUCGUUAACAUGAUUCGGUCAUUUAAAAGGUGUUCUUUUAGAGGAUUCAGGGCUCACUUUAUAACACCAUGGAAAACCCAACCAUGAUAUUGGUUUAUUAUUCCUCUUUCAUCUUAGCCAUGUUAGAAAUAGUUUGUUCUGAGAAUGCAGGUUUGAAUAGCCUGGAGUUUCCCCUCUUUUUAGGACUGCUGUUGCUUUACUGAUGUUUUGACUAUGGAAGUCGCCUGGUUUGAGUGGUGGUGUUUAGGAAAGUGAGUUUGAGCCAGGGUCAGUUAAUCAGACCCUUUAGGAUCCAGGAGAGGGAUGCUCUUGGUUGAGAUCCACUCAAUCAGUUAGGGGUUGAUGAUUAAAUUGGCCACAUUGAAGAUUGAUUAUGGGAAUGAUUGACAGUAACAUCAGACAUAACAUGGGAGAGGUUAGUUAUACCAGCCCAGGCCUCUACAUGUACUGUGUCUGCUCCACUGUGCUAUCUGGUGGCCAUGGAAACCACUGCCCUAUUGCAAAAUGAUAGGUUGCUGGAUAUGUUGCUGUGGGUGUCUAGCCAAUUGAGCUCUUUGUACUCAUCUAAUAUUAAAGGACCUUAAACUGAGGCAAGGUGAGCAUACCGAAAACACUACCACUGCAAUUAACUACAGUACAGUAAUAACAGUAUAUCCUAUAGAGAUGGAGCACAUGUAUGGACUCAUGCUCAGGAAUGUCAACAAAGCAUAGAGUAACUACUGUAGCUCCAGUAUACUAUGGGGUUUAUGUUUGGUGUUUAACUGUCCUCUCUCUUGUAGAAAAACAAACAAGCAGUCAAUGUAAAGUAGUUGAAUGAAUACUCCUACUAUAUUCUCUAAUCUAUCAGAUUAAUGUGUUGCCCCAUAAGGAGUGCCACUGGGGAUGAUGGAGGAUUGGCCAGGAGGCAUGGCUGUACUCCAUGUCGGCCAUGUUGGAUGUUGCUCAUGCUGCCAGCUCAGAACAGAUCAGUCAAAGCUAUUGGUUGUACUUAGGGUCAACUAAUUAAUACUUGGGAUCACUCACUGGUACUUAUCUUUGGGGUUUUCCUGCUUUGGGAGGCAGUUGUCUCUGAUUGAUAGACUAAUGCUGCAGUGACUCCCCACCCAGUCCAGGGCAGUGCAGUACAGUAUUACCACACGCACAACAGAUCAGAUGGAUAGGAAAAACAAACUGUCCCAGUAGAAUGUGACUUGGCUCAGAGGACCUAUGUAGCUACAUCACUUCAUUUCUGACACAACUUUGACAGAUCUGCUGGUAAAUGGGAGAAGAAGAAAAGCGAGAGCAUACUAUACUAAAAUGGUUGUUUAUUUGUAUGUUAGGGGGUCUUUAGUCAAUGGUAGAAAACAUUUUGUGUGUAAUUCAAUGAUUGAAAGUCCAUUUUUACGAUUUUGUGAAUGGUUUAAGGCCACUUCAGUUUAGUGCAUGAUUUAAGAACACACCAAGGGAGAAGGUUCAACCAUUUAUUAUUUUAAAACAUGAAAUUAGUGUGAGAACAAAACAAUACAAAAGUGAAAUACAGUAGCUUAAAUCAAGUGAAAGAUGAAGUACUGCGCAUCUACAGCAAACCAUGGAAUUUGUCUGACAGAAUGGUUUAUGAAGAUGAAAGCCUUAUGUGAUCUGUAUCAUAGUUAAUAAAUUGAAUCUUGUAAAAUUGUC